AUGGCUGUCUCUGCACCUCCGGUAAUCUCUGCAACUUCCAGCAGCGCCGGCGUCCCGGGGGGUUUAUUCCGCGCGGAACCUCUGUAUUCGUCUUCAGGGGAGCCCCCGCGUCUAACCCCUAAUCUGAUCAACAGUUUCAUGGUCAAUAACCACAGUGGCAGUGUCGUGGGUGGCGGGAUUGGUGGUGGCAGCGCUGGCAGCAGCAACACCAACAGUAACGAGUGCCGGAUGGUCGACAUGCACGGAGUGAAGGUGGCUUCAUUCCUGAUGGACGGCCAGGAACUGAUCUGCCUGCCGCAAGUCUUUGAUCUUUUCCUCAAGCACCUGGUGGGAGGGUUGCACACGGUGUACACUAAACUGAAGAGACUGGACAUAUCCCCUGUGGUGUGUACUGUGGAGCAAGUUCGAAUCCUUCGUGGGCUGGGGGCCAUUCAGCCGGGGGUGAACCGCUGCAAACUCAUCACCAGGAAAGACUUCGAAACUUUGUUCACCGAUUGCACAAAUGCCAGAAGGAAGAGGCAAAUGACAAGAAAACAAGCUGUUAACAGUUCCAGACCUGGCAGGCCUCCUAAGCGAUCUCUGGGAGUGUUGCAAGACAAUGCCCACCUUCUGCCCCAUGCAGUCCCAGGCCUUUUAUCUCCAGGACUUAUCACUCCAACAGGUAUAACAGCUGCAGCGAUGGCAGAGGCAAUGAAGCUCCAGAAGAUGAAGCUUAUGGCAAUGAAUACUCUUCAGGGAAAUGGAAGCCAAAAUGGGACUGAGUCAGAGCCAGAUGACCUUAAUUCUAACACAGGUGGAAGUGAAUCCUCCUGGGAUAAAGAUAAGAUACAGUCUCCACUUGCUGCUCCUGGACCACAACAUGGAAUUGCUCAUGCAGCACUGACUGGCCAGCCCAGCCUUGGGAGUGCUCCUACCCUCAAUCCACUUCAGCAGAAUCACCUGCUAAGCAAUCGUCUGGAUCUGCCAUUUAUGAUGAUGCCUCAUCCCCUACUUCCAGUCAGCUUACCUCCUGCAUCAGUUGCCAUGGCAAUGAAUCAGAUGAAUCAUCUCAAUACUAUUGCCAACAUGGCUGCUGCAGCUCAGAUUCACAGUCCACUCUCCAGAGCUGGUGCCUCUGUUAUAAAGGAACGGAUCCCAGAAAGUCCUUCUCCUGCUCCCUCUCUGGAAGAGAAUCAUUGUCCCGGGAGUCAGACUUCCUCCCACCCAAGCAGCAGUGUGUCCAGCUCUCCAUCCCAGAUGGAUCAUCAUUCAGAGAGAAUGGAAGAAGUACCAGCUCAAAUUCCACUGAUGAAAUCACCCUUGGACAAGAUCCAGUUGGCUCCUGGACAGGCAUUGCCCCCUGGAUUCCCUGGACCAUUCAUUUUUGCUGAUAGUCUAUCCUCCGUGGAGACACUGUUGACCAACAUUCAGGGUCUACUGAAAGUGGCUUUGGAUAAUGCUCGCAUCCAGGAGAAGCAGAUUCAGCAAGAAAAGAAGGAACUUCGAAUAGAACUCUACAGAGAACGAGAAAUUAGAGAAAACCUGGAGAGACAACUUGCAGUUGAGCUUCAAAGCAGAAAUACAAUGCAGAAACGUCUGAAAAAGGAGAAAAAAGCUAAGAGGAAACUUCAGGAAGCCUUGGAGUUUGAAUCAAAGCGCCGAGAGCAAGUGGAACAGGCACUGAAACAAGCUACAGCUAGUGACAGUGGUCUGAGGAUGUUGAAAGAUACAGGAAUUCCAGAUAUUGAAAUAGAAAACAAUGGGACUCUUCAUGACAGUGCUGCCAUGCAAGCCUGAACACUGAUGCCGGAACUCCAAGUGAUCAAAGACAUGGAUAGGAGGUAACUAUGACUGUUUAGCAAUGGCACAGCAGUUGUGUUCAUCCUGAACUUCCUGGUUUUACAUUAAUGAAGAUGCUUGUGAUUCCAGUAUAUAUCUGAAAAUAUUCAUCCUCGAGUUAUUUCAGUUGUGUUUAUCAGGAAAGCUUUGUUUACUGAAUCAUCUUUUCUGUGUUACGUUAAGGAAGAAGGAACAUGUGCAUAUUUUAAAAGCAAUGAUGUAAACUUUGUCCGUGCAUUAGAUUUACCAAUUUAAGAACAUGAACUAAACCCUGACUAAUGUAACUUGACUAUA